UUCACCGUGUUGUGUGGCUGUGAAUCGGAAUAUUAUCAGCGGUCUACCUGACAAACUCCGAGGAUAGAACGUAGCCUGAAGGUACGGGCACACCUGAACAAGCGAACUCACCUGCAGAGACGCUACCGUUGCUGUUUUUGUGGAGUAUGGGCUUGGAGAAAAACAACGGAUAAAAAGAGAAAGAAAACGGGAUAGGUAGAAGACCGAAACUACAGAGCUACCAAAGUUUGUUGUUAGGUGGAGAAGGAGGGAGGGGAACAAUCCUUACCUUUUUGUUAUUUGUUUUCCAACGGGAAGUUUUUUUAAGCACUUUUUUUUUUCUUCAUCAGUUUACCAGGAGUAUAUUGAUUAGACGAAGACGACAGGUUAACCGUAAAAACCGACCAUGCCGCGAGCCUUCCUUGUAAAGAAGGCGAGAUACUCUCCCGGUAAGCGGAACUGGAGCGAGCUGCCAGACCACGAGCGCGGGUACGUCUAUAUCCCAGUGUCUGCAUUCCCCUUAUUGGAGGAGACUGAAGCCAGCCCAGCAGAGACCGCUCUCUGUCUCUCCACGACGACACGCUACGAAUACACCAAACGCACAGAAUCACUCCUGCGUGACGUGCACAGCGUGAUGACCCCUAGAGCGGAGCUGCCCUCGUGCACGGUGCUGGGUAGACCCCAAAGCCCGGGUCAGGGGUUAGAGGUCAAGAGGAGGGCACAGAGCAGUCCCUACGUCCGCUCCAAAAUCAAGGUGACCACAGGUGAGCUACCCAGUGAGAUUCCAACACCUCCCCGGCCUUCCGUCCCCGAAAUCACCACCACACCUGUUGCCUUGACGACGUCCGCUACUGUCCCGGUCUCCACAGUAACGAGGUCAGGGACAGGUGCUCAGGCGACGUUCGUGUGCCAGAUGUGCCAGAAGGUGUUCCAGCACCAGAGGAUGUUGAACCGGCACCUGAAGUGUCACAGUGAUACUAAGAGACACCUGUGUAACCACUGUGGUAAAGGAUUCAACGACACCUUCGACCUGAAGAGACACGUCAGAACACACACAGGAGUGCGUCCCUACAAGUGUUCUCUCUGUGACAAGGCCUUCACCCAGCGCUGCUCUCUGGAGUCUCACAUGAAGAAGAUUCACGGUGUGACUCUGCAGUACGCCUAUAAGGAGAGACGCAACAAACUCUACGUCUGUGAGGAGUGUGGCCACACCGCCCCUUCCCAGGAUGCACUGCUCGAACACUACCACGCCCUCCACCCCAACUCCGCCUUCCUGAGGGCGAAGGGGGGGAGAGGGACAGGGGGUGAGGAGUCAAUGCCUGGGUCGCCACUUUCGAACAGUCAGUAUAGUGAUGAUACUACAGGAUCAGGGGGGCAGUAGAGGGAGGGAUGAGGAGGUGCGGCGGUUUGGAACAGGAUAACGGUCGUGUCUUUGACAAAAAAACAGCAACGGGGUCGUAUUCAUUAGGGCAUGCAAAGUAAUGUAUGUAUGACAAUUUAACCGUUUCCUAUUGGACAGAUGCAAGGUUGUCUCUCCCUGUUUCAGUCCAUUUACUUCCGUUUGGUGCCUAAUGAACACGACCCAGGUAAAUGUAAAACGUUAAGGGAAAUCUAACGUAGUGGCAACAUGUGAGAUUAGGAUUGAGAUUAUGUCUAGUUUGUUAUGGUUCUUAUCGUAACACUCCUCUAUGUACAAAGAAAAAAUAUAUAAAUAUAUAUAUAAAUUAUGCAGU